AUGGCUGCAACAUCCCCCUAUCCUGCCUCAACGUUCACACCAACACCCUCCUCAACAACCACCCUCACGAACCCGAGCUUUGUGUUCCCACCUCAAUACUCCUUCCCACCCUUCUUCACCCUCCAGCCCGUUGCCAGCACACGCUCCUCACAACUGGCUUCCUGGUCUAUCCUCAUCCAGUCCUACUGCCGCCACAACCGCAUAUUUACCAUCACCCUCAUCGACGCGCUCCUAACCCCUCUCUUCACAAACGCGACCCUUCGCAGGAGCCUCUCCCUCCGCGAUGCAAAAGCCAUCCUCACAUACAUGGCCUCACCCGAAGGCGGAAAUCGCGCUGAAUUCAUAAGUACAAGCUCGUCUAAGAAGGGGAUAAAGCCGGGAGAAGAGGGUGAAGGAGGCACGGCGUGGAUAUAUUGGCGGAGGCCUGAGGAGUGGGCUGCGGCGUUGGAGGAAUGGGUGGAGAGGACGGGACAAAAGGGUACGGUGCUCACGUUGUAUGAGAUUGUCGAAGGGGACGCGAGCCGUAGGGAAGAGUUUUAUGGAAUGGAUAUGGACCUGUUGCAAAAGAGUUUGGGGGUUUGCGUGAAGAGGGGGAAGGCGCAGGUUUUUGGGUCUGGAGGUGAGGGAGAAGGUGUCAAAUUCUUCUAG